AUGGAGCCUUCUCAAGAUUUAGCAUCAGAAGGAGAAUUCAGUGGCACUGAAUCUGGAUGGACCACUUACAUUGGAUCUCCUAUCCCUAGCGAAGUUUACGAUGACGACGACGAAGAAAGCGUAAACAUGGAAGACUAUGUUGUCAACAAAUUCAAGAAUGCUCAUGAAAAAGUUCAUGAUGAUGAUGAUGAUAAAGGUGAGAAAAAUGAUGUGAAUGAAGAGAGUGAUGAUGAUUCUAUGGCUUCAGAUGCAUCUUCUGGUCCAUGUCACCUUCAACUUGUAUGUAUAAAAAGUGAGACAAGUCAUGGCCUGCAUGUACAUGAGGAGAAGUUCCUCUCAACAAAGAAAGCAUCCAAACAGGUAAAGAAGACAAAGUGUGAAGGACUAUUCGAGUCAUUGGUUGUAGCAGACAGUGCUUCCAGUCAUGUUUGA